AUGUCAGUUCUACGAACUCGAACUCUUCAAGAAGUAUUCGAGGAAUCAAAAUUGGUCAUUUCACAAUUGACUGAAGAAGAGAUUACCGAAUUCAAAGAGGCGUUUUUGCUUUUUGACAAAGUAAGUUUGAAGAAAUGAAAAGUUCAAAGAAAAAAUAAAGGUUUUGGAAAAAAACUAGUGAAGAUCAUUUUACAAGAGAUCGUGGGAAAUGUUUUAUUUGUUGUAAAUAAAUAAUUUUUCUGCAAAAUUUUUCUUGGGAAUUUCUGAAAUUCGAUUAAGAUAAGAUCUGAUUUGAAAACUGCCAGGAAUUUUUUCAAAAAAUUAAUUUCAGGAUGGAAACGGAACAAUUUCAAUCAAAGAAUUGGGUGUGGCAAUGCGUGCUUUGGGACAAAAUCCAACCGAACAGGUAGAUAAAAAAAAAUAGUUCAAAGGUGGCUGCAGAGGCGCGGCUACUAGGGAUAUAAGAUCUCAAGGCUCGGCUCCUUGGCAGAGUGAAUUUCAAGCUGUGGCUCCUUGACAAUUGAGCUUUUUAAGCGUGGCAACAAGGUUAUCACCCAAAAAAAAAUUUUUUUUUGAAUUCCAGCAAAUGCUGGAAAUCAUUCACGACGUCGAUUUGGAUGGAAAUGGUCAAGUGGAAUUUCCCGAAUUUUGUGUAAUGAUGAAAAGGUGGGCGGAGCUUAUUUCCAGCAGAAAAAAUGACUGAAUGAGUUACUGGAAAUAUAAAAAUAAUUAUUCGAAAAAAAAAAUAAAAUGAAAAAUACUAUAAUUAAAAAUGGCUUAACUUAACGUUAUAGUUUUCAAAUAAAAACUCCUAAAGAUUACUGUAGGGAAAUAGUACAGUAACCAGAAGUUAUCAUACAGUAACUCAACCCUAAAGAUUUCAGAAUUAUGAAGGAGACGGAUUCUGAGAUGAUUCGAGAGGCUUUCAAAGUUUUCGAUCGAGAUGGAAAUGGAGUUAUCACGGCGAAUGAGUUUAAAGUUUUUAUGGUGAGUUUUUUUGCACAAAAAACGGCCAACCAGGAAAUAGUUAGACUUUUUCCUAGAAAAAAUGAGUCACAGUAUUUUUUUUGAGCAGAAAAAGAGCAGAAGCAAAAAAUGAAUUUGAUCUAGGUUAAUUAUGCGCAUUUUUUAUUAAAACUCUUUUUGUAUUUAUAGACACACUCUGAAACUUUUUCCACGAGAUUUCUGGGAGACGCAGAGAAACCGCAAGCUUCCGUGUUAGUUACCCUUCUUUAGCUGAUCAGGUUCACAUCUAUCUAUCAUAAAAAACAUGAACAGAAAUAGAAAACUCGAAUCUGUUUUGAGAAAAACAAAAAUUUAAUUUGAGGUGUCCUGGGAUGCGCGAAAAUGGAAAAUAACGGGUUAAAAAAAGUGCACUGAUUUUUGACGCCAAAAAGUUUGUUCCUGAUAGAAAACACUAGAUUCAGAAGUUACGGUAACUCAAAAACUUCUCUUUUUUUUCUAGCCAAGGUUAAUGUGUGUGUGAAAAAUAGAAAUGUUAUAUUUUUUGGGUCCAACAAAAAAGUGACGCCAAAAGUCUUUAAUCCACGCGGCGGAAGUCGUUAAUCUAUUGUUCUUUUUGAGGAAUUUCUGAGUUUCCGAGAAAAAAAUUAUUUCAAAAAUAUAUGUUUUGAAGCUACAAAAAUAAAGUCUCAAGGUUUAUUUGAAAAAUAGUAGAUCCAAAGAUAAUUUAUCUCGCUGUUACAGUAGUUUUUAGCAUGUGAUUUCUUCAAAAAAUCCAAAAAUUCUAUUCUUCCGAUUAAAUAAAUUAACAUCAAAAACCAUCCAAAUCAGCCUAAUUCAUUUUUUUUCUGCAGAUUAAUAUGGGAAUGUGUUUUGACGAAGAUGAAGUCGAAGAAAUGAUGGCGGAAGUGGAUUGUGAUGGUAAGAAAAUAAAAAAAACACAUUUUCUCAGAUGCUCCAAAAAAAAAUCUAUAAUUUUGGCUCCCAAAAUUUCAAAUCCCUUGUUGUUUUUCAGGAAACGGCGAAAUUGAUUACGAGGAAUUUGUUAAAAUUUUUAGCUGCUGA